AUGCUGGUCAGCCAAGAUCAAAAUGAUUGCAAACAGAAAGACCUGAAAAACUGUAUAGAAAAUCUAAUGGAUGAAGAUGAGAAGGACAGGGCAAAGAGAGCUUCUCGAAACAAGUCUGAGAAGAAGCGUCGGGACCAGUUCAAUGUUCUCAUCAAAGAGCUUAGCUCCAUGCUCCCUGGCAACAUGCGGAAAAUGGACAAAACCACCGUGCUGGAAAAGGUCAUUGGAUUUUUGCAGAAACACAAUGAAGUCUCAGCGCAAACGGAAAUCUGUGACAUUCAACAAGACUGGAAGCCUUCGUUCCUCAGUAAUGAAGAAUUCACCCAGCUGAUGUUGGAGGCAUUAGAUGGCUUCAUUAUCGCAGUGACAACAGAUGGCAGCAUUAUCUAUGUUUCUGAUAGUAUUACACCUCUCCUUGGACAUUUACCGUCAGAUGUCAUGGAUCAGAAUUUGUUAAAUUUCCUUCCAGAACAAGAACAUUCAGAAGUUUAUAAAAUGCUUUCUUCCCAUAUGCUUGUGACAGAUUCCUCCUCCCCAGAAUACUUAAAAUCUGACAACGAUUUAGAAUUUUAUUGCCAUCUUCUCAGAGGCAGUUUGAACCCAAAGGAAUUUCCAACUUACGAAUACAUAAAAUUUGUAGGAAAUUUUCGCUCUUACAAUGUGCCUAGUCCCUCAUGUAAUGGCUUUGACAGCGCCCUUUCAAGACCUUGUCGGAUGCCCUUAGGAAAGGAGGUCUGCUUCAUCGCUACUGUGCGUCUAGCAACACCACAGUUUUUAAAGGAAAUGUGCAUAGUUGAAGAACCUUUAGAGGAAUUCACUUCAAGGCAUAGCUUGGAAUGGAAAUUUUUAUUUCUGGAUCACAGGGCCCCUCCCAUCAUAGGAUAUCUGCCUUUUGAAGUGCUGGGGACCUCAGGCUAUGACUAUUACCACAUAGAUGAUCUGGAGCUCCUGGCCAGGUGCCAUCAGCACUUGAUGCAGUUUGGCAAAGGGAAGUCGUGUUGUUACCGGUUUCUGACCAAAGGUCAGCAGUGGAUAUGGCUGCAGACCCACUACUACAUCACCUACCAUCAGUGGAACUCCAAGCCCGAGUUCAUCGUGUGCACACAUUCGGUGGUCAGUUAUGCAGACGUCCGGGUGGAAAGGAGGCAGGAGCUGGCUUUGGAAGAUCCCCCAUCUGAGGCCAUCCACCCUUCAGCACUAAAGGACAAGGGCUCAACCUUGGAACCUCAGCAGCACUUCAAUGCACGUGACAUGGGUGCCUCAGGCCUUAACACCAGUCAUUCACCAUCAGCGUCCUCAAGAAGUUCACACAAAUCCUCACACACAGCCAUGUCUGAACCCACCUCCACUCCAACCAAGCUAAUGGCAGAGGCCAGCACCACCACGUUGCCAAGAUCGACCACUUUGCCCCAAGAGAUACCUGUGCCAGGGCUCAGCCAGGCAACCACAAUGCCGCCUCCUCUGCUUUCCCAGUCUUCCUGUGACCUUGCACAGCAGUUACUGCCUCAGACCAUUUUGCAGAGCCCACCUGCCCCAAUGACACAGUUUUCAGCACAGUUCAGCAUGUUUCAAACCAUCAAAGACCAGCUGGAGCAGCGGACACGGAUCUUGCAAGCCAACAUCCGGUGGCAGCAGGAAGAGCUGCAUAAGAUCCAGGAGCAGCUCUGCAUGGUGCAGGACUCCAACAUCCAGAUGUUUCUGCAGCAGCCAGCAGUAUGCCUGAGCCUCAGCAGCGCUUCACAUCCCGAGGCCCAGCAGCAGUUACACCAGAGGUCCACUGCAGUGUCCCAGCCCCAGCUUGUGUCCAGCCCGCAACUGACAGGGCAGAUUGCCUCAGCCCAGAUCACAAACCAGCACUUGCUUAGAGAAUCAAGUGUGAUAUCAAACCAGGGUCCGAAGCCAGUGCGAAGCUCACAGAUCCUGCAGGGAAGCAGCCAUUCGGUGAGUAGCUUGACAUCCCAGUUCAACAGUGCUGCAGCCGUGCUCCCACCAGCCUUGAACCUGACCACACCUGCUUCUGCCACCCAGGACACCAGUCAGUGCCAGACCAGCCCGGACUUCAGCCAUGAUCGGCAGCUCAGGCUGUUGCUGAGCCAGCCCAUCCAGCCCAUGAUGCCUGGGUCCUGUGAUGCGAGGCAGUCCUCAGAAGUCAGCAGGCCUGGACGGCAGGUCAAGUAUCAACAGAGCCAGGCAGUGUUUCAAAACCCAGACGUGCACACAUCCAGCAGCAGCGCCUCAACCCCUGUCCUGCUUAUGGGACAAGCAGUGCUUCACCCCAGCUUCUCCACCUCCCAGCCAUCACCCUUGCAGCCUACACAGGCCCAGCAGCAGCAGCCACCACAACACUACCUGCAGGUACAGACACCAACCUCUUUGCACAGUGAGCAGCAGGACUCCCUGCUUCUACCCACCUACUCACAAGGGACCAUGGGUUACCCUCCACCACCCCCACCACAGCCCCAGCCUCCACACCCACCGAGAAGGGUCGGCAGCCUGUCAGAGUCAUCAGGCCUCCAGCAGCCACCACGGUAG